AUGACUGACCACCGACGGAUCUCAGUGAUUGCUUCGCCUUCGAUCCCUCCGGCGCCCCCACCGCCGCCGCCAAAAAUAAAGAGUCGUUCGUACUUUGAGCGUUUCGUCGCCCAACCCUUACAGUCGGCGGCAUAUGCUUCGCGACCCCCGAGCGUGCAGGCGAGUCGUCCGGAUGGCGGGCCUGUGAAUCCACUAGUCCCGAAACUGCUCGGUAUUCGAACUGGCUACUCGCUUGAUGCCACACACAAGACAGGCCUCGAUAUCUCUGCCCUUGACAUCAACCGUGAGAGAACGCACGCCGUGCUUGCUGGCAAGGAGAUUCUCAAGACAGUACGUGUCAACGGCACUAAGAUUGUCGACGAGACCAACUUGCGAGCUGCUGUACUCAACUAUGCCGACUCUCAUGCACGGCAACGUGAGGGUUUGGGUAUUCAGGAUGUGAAGUGGUCCCAUGGCCAGUUCAGCUCGCAUAUUGCGACUGCUGUUGCCAAUGGCAAGGUCAUCUUGUACGACUUGAACCGUGCCAGCGUGGAGCUCGUCAGACUGCAUGAGCAUACACGUCAAGUCCACAAACUCGCCUUCAAUCCACAUCAGGGCCACCUGUUGCUUUCUGCAAGUCAUGACGCCACUGUCCGACUCUGGGACUUACGAGACAUGCGUCAGAAAGCCGCUGCCUGUACAAGCCGAGACCAAUUUUCUGGUAUCAGCGGUGGUAUUCGAGAUGUUCAAUGGUCUCCUACUGAUGCUGUUGAAUUCGCUUUCGGUACGGACAAUGGUACCAUCCAACGCUGGGACUUCCGCCACAACAAAGGACCUAAGCAAAAGAUCCCGGCGCACGACCAGAAGACGUGCACUUCCAUUGACUGGCAUCCAGAUGGAAAACAUCUACUCAGUGCUGGUGUUGAUCGAACAUUGAAGAUUUGGGACUUUUCAGUCGAUGGCCGAAGGCAGAAGGCUGCUUAUGUUCUGACUACACCUUAUCCAGUACAUAAGGCAAGAUGGAAGCCACCGUAUUGGUCUGACGAGUUCCAUGAGAAGGGCGCAUUCCAGUGCACACAGGUGGCGACAUCAUAUGAUCGUGAUCACCCAGUCAUCCAUAUUUGGGACUUUCGACGGCCACAUUUACCUUACAAAGAGAUUAACAAGUUUCGAAGUCCACCGUCAGACAUGCUCUGGCAAACACGUGACACGCUAUGGACGGUUGGGAAGGAAGGCAUAUUCCAGCAGAACGACGUUCAUCAUGCCCCAAAAAUCACAGAACGAAGACCUUUACAGGCAAUUGCGAUUUCACCAAACGGAGAAUUGAGCGGCGUUGCGCAGAAGAGAUCACGGCAACGACGUCCUACAGGCCUCUCAUAUGAUGACAUGUACCUCGGUGCUCCACCCGAGAAGCACGGUAGCCUUGAGAAGAGCAGUUUGCGAAGCUCGGCUGACAAUAGCUUCGACGACAGCUUCCUCGCCUCAUCGAUGAAGCGUCACCAUGGCCGUACCGCCAGCAAUAGAUCAGCAAAGUCGUUCAGCAGCACCCCUCCAUCAGAUGUUACACCCAAGGUCAUGUUUUUGCCUGAUUCAAUGAGAACACAAAGCGAACAAUUUCAGCCGGACCAGCUCGCGUUCCGGGGCGUUCUACCGGGUGCUGUCAACGUGCAAGUCUUCGCAUACCUUGCUCAGAAAUACAAGGCCCAAUCGCUACCCGAUCGCCCGGUCUUAGAAUCGUAUCUCGAACUCGAACAACCGUUCCAACAGAAUGCCGAGUACGCACAAAGAGCUGCAUAUCAUAGACUUGCGCAAACCUGGACGUUGAUUGGAACGACAAUGGCUAAUGCAACCAAACGCCGUGCAGAAUUACACAGAAGCUUACGGCUGAAGGACAAGAAGGCCAAGUUUGAGGGUCGGAACAAUACAUCUGGGCUGUUGCAUGCACAGAACAGAUCUUUUGGCGCUCCACAAAACCCCGCAGUCCGUGCAAUUAUUGGUACUCUCGAUAAGCCACGUCCAGCAUCACCAUUGACUAAGCCAGCUACCCAAAUCGAGAGCACAUCCAAUCUGGCAACACCGCUUGCACAGCCUGUCAAUACUUCUGGGUCAGCAUCUGGAGAUCUACGGAGAUCUGAGCUUCCUGAUCCUGAUCACGAUGACAAAAUCCAUCUCCCACCAUCAGUAAUGGGAGUACCUCAAGUCAACAAUGGCCAGAAGCUCGCACCUCCUACACAGUCGAAGUCCAAUGGAGGGCAUUGGUACGACUCUCCUGAGGGGUUGGAAGAGCGCCGAGCUGCAGCAGGUAGCUGGCGGGCAUCGCCACGGAUACCGCUCAAUCUCAACCCAGCACCUAUUCGAGACAACAACCCAAACGUCCCUCCACCGCUGGAGCGUCAUGAUUCGGGCGAAAGCUUCACUAUGUUCUCUGCGUCCACCGACUCACAUCAUGGAAGCUCAGCGUCGGGCUCCUUUGAGAGCGUCAACUCUGAUCUUCGUAGUAUGGAGGCGUUGUCAAUAGGCUGGCAACAUGCUCCGGACAAGUCCAGUUUCGGUAGGCCCUUGGGCACGUGCAACAUCAAUCAGGAAAGAAGGGUGAGCCCAACUACAAAUGAAGGCCCGCAUGCAAUUCCAGUUCCUACGACAUCUCAAGCUCGGCACGACAACCCACACUCGAGCCAGGAUGACACAGGACAUUUGAUGCCACCCAGUAGCACUGAAAGGGUCACCCAAGAAAUGGACGCCUUGCGACGGAGGAAUCAGCUCAUGCGUCAUGACAGCUCCGAAUCAUCCGCAUAUGCCAGCAGCCAAGAAGGCACGUCGUUUUCGUCAACUUACAGUGCUGAUAUGGAAGCCAGCGGCACUAUCAUACCGGAAAUCUUCGACGAUCUAAGGUCGCCACAAGUUCUCAAGCCAUCUGUGACUUCACCCGUUAUUACUAAGAGCGUUUCUCAGUCGACCGUGCCAACAAAAGAAAACCAAUUGUUGUUGUCGGAUUUCGAGGCGUUGCGCAUCGACGCUGAAAGCACGUCUGCUUUCACGGUCGUUGGCUUGCUGAACAGUAUCCUCCAGUUCCACACGGAUACCUUGUCAGACGCGCAAUUUCCGUCGCUACUUCUACUCCUUCUGGCGCCGCUGUUACCACAGACACAUUCACCUUCUGAUUCAUCAGAUAUCGAUGUCACCGAGGUUUUGAGCGCUUUCUCAGACACUUUCACAGCACUGGGCCUCACGCCUACGCAAGCUAAAGCAAUUCUCUCAUCACAGCUGGGCGAACUGAUAGCCACAGGGAUCAAUCCGUACCAAGCCGAGUCCAUCCUGCAUACGUACCAUGCACAGAUGCAUAGCCUGUCACUCUUUAACCCUGCGGCUUCUCUACGGCGGCUUGCCUACCCUACAUAUCCUGCCGUUUACGAACAAGCGUUGAAGGAUACUCAGCUUGGUCUGUUGUGUCUUAGCUGCAAAUCUCCUAUCAAUAAUCCCAAAGACAAGAUGCGCUGUGAAUCAUGCAAGCGCGCACAAGCACCCUGUCCGAUAUGCUGGGGCAAGUAUCCGGCAUUUGAGCCCAUCACUGCAAAGCGAAAGUCGAAAUCAAAACAUCGGGAUGAGAAAGGUCACAAGAGGAAUCGAUCAUCUUUGAUCACCACAGAUGCAGUCUCACCAGACGAUGCCGACAGCGGACCCUCACCAUCAAUACCGGAGGAGUGGAUACCAACACCAGCAACACUAUGGACUUGGUGCCCUCUCUGCGGUCACGGCGGUCACACUAAUUGUCUGUCCACCUGGUUCGCCGACGCCGUCCUCUCUGACGGCGCUUGUCCCACCGAAGGUUGUCUCUGCGACUGCGUCUCAGGAAACCGCCGAGAAGAGAAGAUGCAGGAUCUGCUGCGCAAAAAAGCAGAGAAAGAGCGAUCAAAGCCUGUGAAAAAGGGUGAUGACUGGAAAGUCAGGGAGAGUAGAGCCGUAUCUGCCGUCCGUGGCACGUUCGGAGAAAGUGGAAGCGAACCUCCAUCGCCCGGCGGCCAGCAUCAGCGCAGCCAAACUCCAGAUGGCGGUCGCAAAGGGGAAAGCAAAAAGGUCCGCGUCCUUGCUUCGGCUUCUGGCAUCGGUCCGCAGACGGGUGUAUUUUCAACUUGACAUCUCCAUUCGCGGUAACAAUGAGUACAUUCGAAGGUAUCACGCACCAUAGAUCGGAUGUUACAGCGCGGCUUGACGUCGAUGCGCAUGGAGGCGCACUGCUGCAACAGGCCCGCAUGUUCACACCGCUCAGCACCGCCAAGAUUGACUCCCGGAAACGUUACUUUCUCCGCCCCGACACCCACUUCCCCGGAUGCAAGGCGAGGC